AUGUAGAAGAUAUAAUUCCAAAGUAUAGUAUGACAGAGCUGACAUUAUGCGAUUUAUGGAAUAUAGUAAAUGUCGAGAAACCGCCAGCGAUGCGACUCUAGCACUAUGUCAUCACGAAACCUCACAGUGAAUAACCAGAAUAUUGACUACGACAUUUCUGGGGAGAGCACAGAAAUGUGGGGGUAUGGUCCCAGAAUCUCAGAGGCAUUAGGAAAGCGGGGCCGACGAGGAUCAAAUCGUGCGUACGUAGGUGGUGAAACGGCGGAACGGUUAUUCCACGCAAUAUCUUCAUCUAUAGAUGCGCUGGGGAAUUGAUGUUCAUCUACAUGACUAAUGUAUCGACAUUCUUGGGGGUUGAUUGGACCUUGAUGGUUAGAUACUACCCAGUCUGAGCAAGGUGGCCUGUCGCCGGUGACAAGAGGGAGAAAAGCCAGAGGAGCGUCUCUAGCAUUACUAUCGGCAACACCUUCGUUCUCUAUGAGGGGCAUUUCCGCAGUUUGUCCGUUAGGCCUGGAAAACGUGUCCUGGACUGCACUUGAUGGACUACCAUGAGGGGGACAUUCCUCAUAAGCUGGAGGACGUUCCAACGAUAAGUCCGGGGAAUCAGCGGCAGUGAGUGAAGAUGGGUAUAAUACUUCCAUUAUGCUGUUCGUUGUAGGCAAAUGGUGUCGUCUCUGAGAGGAGCGACGUUGAAUUCGCUCGUUUCUAGAAUGUGGCGUCACUACAUCAUC